GUGAGCGGUGGCGUGGAGCAUGGCAGCGGCGGCGGCGCGGUCCCUGCUAGCGGCGGGGCGGGUGAGCGGGCGGCGGGGCCAGAGCCGGGCUCGGGCCUUGCCCCUGCCGUUGGCCGCCGCGGGGACCGCUCCCUACUGCACCGUGGCCCCGCAGCAGCGGCAGCAGCCGCCUCCCGACAUGAAGAGCUACCUGUGGUCGCGGUACAAGGAGGCCAAGAGAGUCACCAAGGAGCUGGUUCCUUCAAUUAUGAGUAACAUGCUGAAUCCGGAUGCCAUUUUUUCAAACAACGAGAUGAGCCUGUCAGACAUCGAAAUUUAUGGUUUUGAUUAUGACUACACGUUGGUCUUUUAUUCUAAACACCUGCACACGCUGAUCUUCAAUGCUGCUCGAGAUCUUCUUAUUAAUGAGCAUCGAUAUCCUGCAGAAAUACGCAAAUACGAUUAUGAUCCCAAUUUUGCAAUCAGAGGACUUCAUUAUGAUGUGCACCGGGCAUUAUUAAUGAAGAUUGAUGCUUUUCAUUAUAUUCAGCUGGGAACAGUUUACAGAGGCCUCAGUGUUGUCCCAGAUGAAGAAGUCAUUGCAAUGUAUGAUGGUUCCCAUGUCCCUUUAGAACAAAUGAGUGACUUUUAUGGAAAGAGCUCACAAGGAAAUACAAUGAAGCAAUUCAUGGAUAUAUUUUCCUUGCCAGAAAUGACACUCCUUUCUUGUGUGAAUGAAUAUUUUCUGAAAAACAACAUAGAUUAUGAGCCUGUUCAUCUUUACAAAGAUGUCAAGGAUUCAAUCAGAGAUGUCCACAUCAAGGGGAUAAUGUACAGAGCAAUUGAAGCAGAUAUUGAGAAAUACAUCUGCUAUGCUGAACAAACUCGUGCAGUGUUAGCAAAGCUAGCUGAUCAUGGCAAGAAGAUGUUCCUCAUCACAAACAGUCCCAGCAGCUUUGUGGACAAAGGCAUGAAGUUCAUAGUUGGCAAGGACUGGAGGGAUCUCUUUGAUGUCGUCAUUGUACAGGCUGAGAAGCCAAACUUUUUCAAUGAUAAGCGAAGACCGUUUCGGAAGGUGAAUGAAAGGGGAGUGCUGCUUUGGGACAAAAUUCACAAGCUGCAGAAAGGUCAGAUCUACAAACAGGGUAACUUGUACGAAUUUCUGAAGCUUACUGGGUGGAGAGGCUCAAAGGUUCUCUACUUCGGUGAUCACAUUUACAGUGACUUGGCAGAUUUGACCCUGAAGCAUGGCUGGCGCACUGGGGCAAUUAUCCCAGAGUUACGAUCAGAGAUUAAAAUCAUGAACACAGAGAAGUACAUUCAAACCAUGACCUGGCUGCAAACCUUGACAGGAUUACUGGAACACAUGCAGGUUCACCGUGAUCCUGAUUCACAAAUGAUUUUGGAAGAAUGGAAGAAGGAAAGGAAGGAAAUGAGGGAGAUGAACAGGAAUUUCUUCAACGCCCAGUUUGGAAGCUUAUUCAGAACUGAUGAGAAUCCAACAUAUUUCCUGAGACGUCUCUCUAGAUUUGCAGAUAUCUACAUGGCAUCGCUGAGUUGUCUCUUGAACUAUGAGCUUGAUUACACAUUUUAUCCAAGAAGGACUCCUUUGCAGCAUGAACUUCCUGGCUGGUCAGACCAGCUGUGCACUGGUACAUUCAGAAUACCUUUCCUACAAGAGACAGUUCAGAUGAAAUAAACACUUGACGGCUUCUCUAAAAGGGGCAAAUACAACAUUGGGGGUUUUUUUUGAAUGUAUUUGUAUUUUAUUUAAGUUGUUUAAAUCUGGUUACUUGAUUUAGAUAUAAUUAUCUUUUGUUCUCAUAAGCAUUGUACCCACUUUCUCCUCUCUUGCUCAGAGAUGAGAAAGCUCCUCUUACACACAGAAGAGAUGAUGGACUGCCAAAAUAGUAGUGGACUGGGAGGGAGGGUGCGUUUGAGAGGAAGAACUGAUGGUGUUCUAAGGUCAUUGUUCUUGUUUGUUUAUUGGAAGUUUUGAUCUGCAGCCUUGUGGUUUACAAAGAAAUACCUGUACUCUCUGCUUUGGCACUGCUCAGCAUUCCAGCUGGAGCCCGUGAUGGAUCUUGGCACUGAAAAGCUUAGAUCAAGUCUUAGUAAUUCAGUGCUAUGCAGGUAAUAGCCAGUUCAUGGUGAGACUGAGAGGAGUGGUGUACAGACGUUAACUUUCCUUGCUGCCGUAGCUAGAGCCUUACUGUAACCGAACUAGUCACUGUAGCAUUGGUGUGGCUCUGUUGCACUGCAGUGGUUACAGUAUGGGUGGGCUCGGGCUCAUGGGCUUUUUCUCUUAUCUGUGCAGUUUCUAUUCUUUUUAUGUCUGUGCUUGGCUGUAGGUGGACCUGAGUCUAAAACUGAAAGUGAUAGUAAGUUGGGCUGCUUCAGCUUCCUUUUGUUAACUUUAUGCACUUUUCUUUUUAAGUUUUUCAAAAUGAUUUAAAUAUCCACUCUCUAAUAGUAAAGCCAUUUCAAGAGGUCUUGCAUUUUGCGUUUCAGAGUGGAGGCAGAUCUCUGCUGGGCUUUAGAUUGAUCCUAAAUGCUGCUUUUAAAAAUGUUAACAGUGUCUUACAGUGAUAUGCAAUGUGGUUUUGCAGUUUCCUGGGAGAGAAUGUAUUUCCUACAGCCUUCAGUAAUGGCUUCUUACAGUUAAAAGUAAACACGCACAAUGGGCAAGUGAGCUAAAAGCAAAAUUAAGAAAUAGGAAAAUGAAAGCCAGAGUUUUCUGAUAAUUGUUGGUUUUUUUAGCUCAAGUCCUGAAAAAUGAAUUGGAGUUUGUGAACAGUUUGCAUCAAGCAAAAGAAUUUUGGUGGUGUAGAUUAGAAGUUUUAUUGAAUUAUUGAAAUUGCAGGUAAUGCCUGAGCAGAAAUUCUGAGUAUACCUUCCAAAGAUUUGAGCUGAAAAAUGUCUCUUUUUGCACAAGGAAAACAUCUGCUGAUGUUUCCUCAAACGGGCACUUUAUAGAACUGCUAUACAGUUGUUUUUAAAUAGGAUGCUUUCGUUUCUCUGCAUCCAAAGGAAAUGGCUUUUUUUAAACUGGUGCUUCCCACCCCAGCCAUUUUAAAAGGCACAAUAUGAUUAAUGUUUUUUCAAAUUUUAGCUAUUUAAAGACUCUGCUUUUAAAAGCCUAUAAUAAAAAAAAAUACAUAGCCUUUGGUAUUCUUUGCUUCAGUGUGGGAUAUAAUUUGCUUCCUACUAUGAUUGUUGGGUAAACAAACUUUUGGUGACCAAAAGUUUUCUUGUUGGAUAUUGGGGUUUUUCUGCUUUUUGUUUUUAUUUUAAUCCUGUCUGUAUUAUGUACAAGUACCUGUGCUGAAUUUCAUAUGCAGUAUCUUUCAAAUUUUUUAAAUGUUAGCCAAAAAAAUAAAGAAUGUAUUGUGAUCUUGCCUGCACAGUUUCAAAAGUAGUUUUCCUAUACGCUUGAGAUAAGUCUGAAAUCCUCAGAGGUGGUUACAGAUUUUAUGUACGUGGUUUUCUUGUACUUCUGAUUCAGAUAUGAUGUGCAACAUGCCUGAUUGUGUGUGUGUAUUUAAAUAGGUGAAUAUACUUGAAAUGAAUAACUUCAUCUGACAGUGCUGGCAUUUUGCUGGAAGAAAAAGAUAGUUUUGCAGGAAGUUAGUUUGGCUUCAUUGGGAGACGACCUGGUUGAGGUUGUGCGAGAAAUAUUUACUGGAACUUGAUAGUGAAAUAUGGGAAUGGAAAUAUCCCUGAUUUGCCUUCAGUUCUUUAUCCUGAUGCUCUGCCAGAACUGAACUUGGUGUUACACUUGUGUAGCACCUCUCAUGCUCCAGAGAUUUCAAUGCACUGUCUAAAAAAACCCGACAACCCUCGACCACUGUACAUUCUCCAUCUUUCCACCAGCAAAUUAUAAUACUGUUAUUCAGUUCUGCAUUAUUGAAUUUGGCAAUGUUUUCUUGGUUAUAGCUCUGUGAUGUUUAUUCUUUUUAAGCUGGCUAAGGGUCAUCUUGUUUGCCUAAUUUUCCUAUGUUAAACAGGAGCAGAUUAAUUCGGUUGGAUGAUACUAUCUGCAUAAUACACAGUUUCAAUGUGAUUGUCUCUCUUAUUCCUUCCUUUCCCUUAAAUUAUGAAUCAAACUUCUGUACAAAGCUAUGUUAUAACAG